AUGCAGAUGGAGUUUGAUGCUCCCAACUUGGUUCAGCGUUUUGUGCUGGUGCUUUUCUACUAUCAGACAACAAGGCACAAGCCAUGGAGAGAGUGCAAUCCACCAGCAGCUCCCCAUGCGAGUGCCAUGUCUGGUUUCUGUUAUGAACCUGAUCUACAUUCUGGUGAGAUAACAUCAGCCAUCUGGGGUGAUCUGUGGCUCUCCGCCAGUCAUGAAUGCCAGUGGGCCGGAGUGACGUGUGAGACUGAAUUGUCAGAAGAGAAGACGGUGGUGAGGCUAGGCAUUUCUUGGAAUGGGCUCAAUGGCCCUCUCCCAUGGGAGGUUGCGCAUCUAUCACAGUUGACCCGACUCACUUUAGAGGACAAUGUGCUGACUGGAGUACUGCCGCCAGCACUAUUUUCCAACCAAGCAGUCCUUCACUUGGAGUUGCUUGUGUUGAGUUCGAAUGAAUUCACAGGGACGAUCCCCUUAAGAUGGUUUGACAAUCUCGAUGAAGGCACUGCAAAACUUUCCAGCCUUUGGAUCUCCUCAAACAGAUUGACCGGGACGAUUCCCUCUGAAAUGGGGUUGCUUCCAUUGAAGGAACUUUUUCUGGAAAAUAAUGAUCUGACAGGAUCCCUGCCAAUGGAGAUUUUUCAGCGAGCUUCUGGGGUUGUUAAUGAGUUUAGUGAUGGUAUUCUGGGUGGAAUCCAUCCUGGUAAAGCUGGACUUGAUAGAGCUCUGGAAUAUCUCGAUUUGAGUCAUACUGGCAUUUCAGGAUCCCUGCCCUCUGAGGUUGGUCUGGCAAAUUCGUUGACAGAGCUCUAUGCAUCUGGCACAAAUAUGAAUGGAACGCUCCCUGAAGAACUGUAUGGUCUCGGGAAUCUCCAGGUCUUGGCCUUUAACGGUUGCAACUUUACUGGGACCAUCAGUUCAUCCCUGGGUGUAUUGACCCGUCUUAGCUGGCUGCACUUAGCCAACAACAACUUCCAUGGCACCAUUCCCCAUGAGAUUGAAGCACUGACAAUGCUGAGUCAGCUACUGGUGAACGGGAAUCAGUUCACUGGGAGUGUCCCUGUUUCCUUUUGCGAAAAUAGGUUUGUGGCUCUUCAAGAUGUUUCGAAGGUUGUGGCUGACUGCUUGCCCAAUGAAGAGACUGGUGUGCCCACAAUUGAAUGCGCUGCUGAUUGCUGUACUAGCUGUUGCGACAAUACUGGGGUCUGCCUUUCUAAUUAG